AUGAAGCUUGCUUGCCUCGUGCUCGGACCAGCGCUGCUGGAUGCGACGCUGGCACUCGCCAAUGCGACGACUCUCAACGUCGACGGUCCGCGCAACCGCACGCAGGUGCGCGAUGCAACGACAGUCCCCAGUCCUCUGCCAGUGCUGCGGCACAAUAACUCGAGUCGCCUGCCCCCGAACGCGACCGGUCGCUUUGCGCUUGUGCGGACCACGUCGGCCGGCAACCACUCGACGGUCGUAUCUCUCAACGCGACAACUGCGGAGCCAUUGCCGUCCCACGCGAAUGAUUCAUCGUCGUUGCUCGUCUUCGGCGCCAAUGCGACGGCAGAUGACGAUGUGAUUGUGGCGCCAUCGACAACAAAGCGCAAUUCGACGACCAGCGUCACGACGGCCAGUCACGCGGCCGGCACCAACGGUGUCGCCGCGCUCAUCGCACUCGUCGUCACACUGGGUCUUGCGUAG